AGCAUGCGAAUGUUAUGAGUAAAACAGAAAAACUGCAAAGCAGAGCUAUGGAGAGUAUCAGCGAUGGAAAAUGGGAUAAUUUGCCAGUGAAACUUCACGACAGCAUACUGCUGACUCUGAAGAAACUUGGAUUUACUUAUAUGACUCCGGUUCAGUCAGCAUGCAUCCCUCUUUUCAUGAGCAAUAAAGAUGUCGCAGCUGAAGCGGUUACAGGCAGUGGGAAGACUCUUGCUUUUGUCAUUCCUCUGAUAGAAAUCCUCAUGAAACGUGAGGAGAAGCUGAAGAAAAUGCAAGUUGGUGCUUUGAUCAUCACACCGACCCGCGAGCUGGCCAUCCAGAUCAGUGAAGUUGUAGGCCAGUUUCUUGAAGAGUUUCCUCAGUUCAGGCACAUUCUUUUAAUUGGUGGAAGCAACCCCAUUGAAGAUGUAGAAAAGUUCAAGACCAAUGGCGCGAAUAUCGUGAUCGGAACGCCUGGGCGACUGGAGGACAUGUUCAGGAGGAAAGCUGAUGGCCUUGACUUGGCUAGCUGUGUGAAGGCUUUGGACGUGCUUAUUCUAGAUGAAGCUGACAGACUCCUGGACAUGGGCUUUGAAGCAAGCCUCAACACUAUUUUGGGUUAUUUGCCCAAGCAGAGGCGUACAGGCCUUUUCUCAGCAACGCAGACUCAGGAACUGGAGAAGCUGGUGAGGGCUGGCCUCCGAAACCCGGUCCGUAUCACUGUGAAGGAGAAAGGAGUGGCAGCUACAAGCGUCCAGAAGACACCAGCGAGGCUUAGUAAUUACUACACGAUCUGUCGAACACAAGACAAGUUUAACACGCUGGUGGCUUUCCUGAGACAACACAAACAUGAGAAGCAGCUCAUCUUCUUCAGCACGUGUGCCUGCGUGGAGUAUUUCGGCAGAGCGCUGGAGGUCUUGAUCAAAAAUGUCACCAUUCUUUGUAUCCAUGGCAAGAUGAAGGACAAGCGGAACAAGAUCUUCUCCGAGUUUCGGGAAUUAAAGAGUGGGAUACUCGUGUGCACCGACGUGAUGGCAAGAGGCAUCGACAUCCCGGAUGUGAACUGGGUGCUACAGUACGAUCCUCCAAGUAGCGCAAGUUCUUUUGUGCAUCGAUGUGGCCGAACUGCUCGUAUCGGGAACCGAGGCAAUGCUCUUGUCUUUCUCCUGCCAAUGGAGGAAUCCUACGUCAAUUUCCUGUCUAUCAAUCAAAAAUGUCCUCUCCAGCCGUAUCCUCCUGUAAAGGACGUAGUGGACGUGUUGCCCAAACUGAAGGCUCUGGCGUUAGGCGACAGGGCCGUUUUUGAGAGAGGAAUGAGGGCGUUCGUCUCGUUUGUCCAGGCUUACGCAAAGCACGAGUGCAGCCUAAUAUUCCGACUCAAAGAUCUGGACUUUGCUGAUUUAGCUCGAGGCUUUGCUCUUCUUCGUAUGCCCAAGAUGCCGGAGUUGAGAGGCAAGACGUUCCCUGACUUUGAAGAGAUCACAAACACGGACUCGAUCCGCUUCAAGGACAAGAACCGAGAGAAACAGAGGCAGAAAUCUUUACAAGAGCAAAAGGAAAGGGAAAAGGACGCACCGUCCCGGAAAAGGAACUUCAUUAAGAACCAAGCCUGGUCCAAGCAGAAAUCCAAGAAGGAUAAGAAGAGGAAGAUAGCUGCCAAAAGGAAGAUGAAUGAGGGAUCAGAUGUGGAUGACGAAGACAUUGACGAGCUUUUGAGCGACACACGUCUACUGAAGAAGCUCAAGAAGGGAAAGAUUAGUGAGGAAGACUUUGACAAGCAAAUGAGUGCAGGAAGAAGUUCAAAGCAUAAAAGAUCAGAUCCCUCUCACGAGGACAGCGCAGAAGGAAAGAGUGAAUGAAGACAAACCUGGACUGUAAUUCAAAUUUCUGUUCUGCCGAGAUAUCAGUGUGCUGCAUCAGCACAGGCAAAAAAAAAAUCAUCAAAGUCUGUGGUUACACAAUUGUUAUUGUUGUAUAUCAGCUUCUGUAAUAAUUAAAGCCCGGAGGAUUUUUGUGGUGAGAGGAAAACUGGGUAUGUAUUACAGAAAACAGAUUUUGUAAACAUAUAUACUUUCAGAGUUUUGAAAUUUGAUUAUUUCAUACAGUCUCAGAAGAGGCUUAUCUGUAAUGUUUACGCGUCUUAUAGGGUUGUAUUUGCAGAAUAUCUUGUGCAAAAUAAACGCCCAUCUAUUUACA